CCUUCCUCGCCUCCGUGGUACGUACAUGGUCACAAUGAGAGGUCAAAUGGUACCAGUUAGUGCAUGUACUAAUGGUUCGAGACGUGGUGGUGUCGCGAACGUCGCUUGUAAACCUGAAACCUAACCAUGACAACAGAAACUAGUCGUUUCAGAAAGGAGGACCAUGCCGCUAUCUACCUCAGAAGUCACCCCGAUUGGCCACCAGAAAUUAUCCAGAGGAGCUUGAGCUUUCUACGGGAAAAGACAGCAGAGCCUUUUAAGCUUGCGGUUGAUGUAGGGUGUGGAUCAGGCCAGAAUACCCGACCUUUGGCCCCAUAUUUUGAAAAAGUCAUCGGUGUUGACGUGAGUGAAGCACAGAUAAAAGUUGCACAAUCUUUGAAGAAUCCACCAAAUGUUGAAUUUAGAACAGGAAGUGCUGAGGACAUUGCUGUACCAGACAGGUCUGUCGACUUGAUCACAUGUGCAGAGUCAGUGCAUUGGUUUGAUGUUGAUGCUUUCUUUCGUGAGAUGGACAGAGUACUGAAACCCAAUGGAUGCAUUGCGAUCUAUUCGUACAACAAUAUAUUGCCCUGGGUUGAAGGUGUUGCCGUUAAGAAUGAACAAUUAAAGGAUGUGGUUAUGCAGUUCAAUUGUGUAACUUUAAGACCUUAUGCCAGCCAAUGUUCACAGCAUCUUCGUAACAUGCUAGCAGAUAUCCACAUCCCGUAUGACGAAACUAUAAGGGAUGAGUCAUUUUAUUUACAAUAUGACACUUCAAUGGAAUCGUACAUGAGCUACAUCCGCUCCUGGUCCACGUAUCAAGCUUACCUGGAGAAGAAUCCAAGUGGUCCUGAUAUCCUAAAGGAAGUUCAGGAACGGUUGAUGCAGAUACUGGGUUUGGAUUAUUCCACAGGAAAUGCCAAGGUACCCACAAAAACUCCAAUUGUCCUGCUUCUGGGAAGAAAACCACACAAGGAGACCUCUUUAUAGGCGAAAAGCGUUGUUUGUGAAAGUUGGCAAUGAACUUCGCCGUUGUCACAGCCAAAAAUAUCCGAAUUAUGAGGAAAUAUUGUCUUUGUCCAGGGUCUUCCUUAUGAAUAUUAGAUUGCUACAAAGAAUACCAGAUUUCGAUCAGUCUGUUUCACAAAGAAGUGUCAUUUACAAAGUAAAGUGACAUGGCUCGAUUGAGAGCAAAGGCCUUCACAACUCAUUGUCUUGAAUUAUGUAUCGAUCAGCCAUUUGUUUGGUCUGUGUAUAUAAUACUGAUUUUUUUAAAACAAAAUGUAAUAUUGAAAAGUAUAGCGCUGAAAUGUUUUGAACGAUGUUAGCGUAAGCUAUUAAUUAUUUUGAAACUCCAUGGCCUUAUAAAUAAAUUGAAUUUUUGCUGAAAUUAAAUACAGUCCAACACUCGCGCGUACUCCAUUCGUUUGCACAACACUUUCUUACAUCGGACGUUGGUACUCUGUACCAAUUGGCGCCGUGAAUUGUUUUAUUGCUACAAUAUUUCUACUUCAUACAGUAUUUGAUGUAAUUAUCUAACAUUGGCUUUACCAGUAGUACAGUAUCUGGUUCGUAAUUGUAACUCAACUCCAGUUUAAACCACGCCCACUGUACAUGCACUACACAUAAUGCAUUGAUCGCUGUCUACAUGGAAUCAUGAAACCGCAAGUUAACACGCAACUUCAGCGAUCGUCCAAUAUGGGAGCCUGCAAAUCGUGGCGCGUCCAUUUUUAAAGCUUUGUGACGAAGUCACUUACAAAUAGUGCAGUGUUCUUUCCUCUUAAUGACGUUGAGAAUUGAUGCAUUGAAAACUGAAAAAAAUAACAAAUCCUCCUUAAUUUGGCAAAAUGAAAAUUGAUAAAAGGGCAAACAGAAAACAAUGUAAACUUGUAAUAUAGGUUUUCCCGGCCAAUUUCAUCAAAAGCUCGUUCAGUUUAACCAAAGGCCCUUUUAAAUUCGUUUCAAAAUGACUGCUUUCCCGGACGAACAUUCUAUUAUUAAUAGAAGUCAUUCCAUUUCGCUAUUUGACGAUUCUGUCGAGCAAUACGUUCGUCCACAUUCAAAAAGUCGUUUCGUUCAUUCAAAUUCGUCAAAGGCCUUUUAAAAAAUGACGUUGAUCAGAAUCUGAUUUAGUUUAAUAGGCAAACAUUUCUGAAAUAUUUGUACCGGAAGUCAAAUUUUUGACGCGUAUAUUUCCCUAUAAGAAUGCUGAUGUUUGAGGAAAAGAUUAUUUGAACGGUGGAUUUUGGUACAGCUCUCUGUUCUCAUGAAGACUUUACACAAAAUAAUGGUGGCUCGUGGUCCUUACAGAAAUGUGAGCAAUGUACAUGUAUGUGUGAUUAUUGCUUUUGGGGCGAUAACAAACUUUUCUUGACUUGUAAUUUGAAAAUCUCCUGAUUUGAUUUCAUAUGACUCAAAGAGAAAGGCGUGAUCACAAACUAAAGAUUAAGGAUUCAAAGGAAUGAAUUUAUAACAAGACAAUGGUCAGAGAACAAAACAGAGUAAUUUACCGUGCAAGACAGCCCUAACUACUCCAAGACACGACACCAGGGGUACGUUGCCAUUUCUCAGAUUAAUUUAUAGUUGUAAUUAAUUUGGCCUAUUCUUUUAUCCUUAUGAUAUUCUGAUUGGUCCAUUCUUUCAUUCCUGUAGUACCCCAAACAUUACAAACAAGAUAUGCUACAAGAGAGUCAAAUAAGACAUACAGGUGUUCUGAAUUAACUCUGUCGAAAAUCUGCCUUAUGAUCACAUGAUCUGUCAUAAUGUAAAUUAAGCAUAGUAUGGGUGAGUUCAAUAAGCUUCCACGAGUUGACUUCGAUCUUAAGCUCAUCUGCAUCAUCUCGCUUGUUUGGCACAUCACACACGACCAUCCUCAGGUCAGGGUUAGCCCGUGUAUAAGCUAACUGUAUGCACCCUGCCAGCAUGGAGCCAUAACCUUUUUAUGGUGUCUGAUACCAGUAACAUGUUGCAUAAUAUGAUAUGCUAUGAAUAAGGUACUUGUUCAUAAAAGUUUACAGGUGGUCGGGCACCAUCAGGUUUGUGUACAUGUAGUUGUAAUUUUUUCUCUCAUGUGUAUGGCAUCUUCAUAAUAUGCUUCCAGAAACCCACAUCCGAUAUGAUAAGACUGCCAUUAGAAAGGCAGAAUGCACAUGAAUUUAAUUUGAAAACAACAGAAACAAACCUCAAGAAUUAUGUUUGGAUUGUCAUGUUAACUGCUUUGACAUACUAGAGUUGAAAUACCAAUGAAGUCAUAUCGACUUGAAUUUUUUUUUAAACUGACGAGAACAGGCGACGUUGCGUAUUAUUUUUAUAAUAAAAAUCCAGAAGUAAAAGACUUCA